UGGGGCGGGCAGUGUCCUGCCCCGGGUGCGGGGGCUGCUCGGGAGGCGAGGAGCCGCAGCCGCCCUCAGCGCCCGGCGGAAACAUCCCUCCUGCCCGCCCACCCGGCACCCUCAGGGGCUGACCUCGGGGCUGGGAACGCGGCAAACAGGUAGGUGUUGACGGGACGUCCCUGCACCGUGCAGCCUCCCCUGAGGCGUGCAGCCAUCUUGUGCCGCCAAGCACCUUUGGGCCAAGGCCGAACGGCGCUGCAGGCCCGCCGUGGGCAGAGCCGCUGGCGGCUGUGCGCUUCUUCCUCGGGCCUCCCAAGCAGGCAAUGAAGCUUGACUGCCAGGACAUUCCUCAGCCACUGAACUUUAUACAAAGUACCUCCUCAGAAAUUGUCUGCACACACCUUGCUUUAACUCCUCAAGGCCCAGACCCAUAUCAGUGCUCACACAAGUGGGUGAGAACAUUACAUGCCAGACCCAGGGCUGCUGAAAACUUACCAAAGGGAGAAGGAUGCCAGGCAGACCAUGUCCACACAUCAGAGCACCACAGAAGGCUCACUGCUAUGGAGGAAGGCCGUCUGGUUGGUGUAUUAGCUAUUGGUCAAACGCACCUGGUCCAAAAACGGCGGUCGUCUGAAACAGCUCGGGACUGCUGGAGGCAACCUGGCCAACCCACGGAUGCUGUGAACCAGGAGCUGGCCAAGAAGCACGAGAGCUCCAGGAUUCCCUAGAAAAGAGAGUCUGCUGGGGUGUGUGCAGAAGAAUGGCUGCGGCAGAACCUCUGACCGCUUUCUCCCGAUGGUACCUCUAUGCCAUUCACGGCUAUUUCUGUGAGGUGAUGUUCACAGCUGCCUGGGACUUUGUGGUCAACUUUAACUGGAAGUUCCCAGGUGUUACCAGCGUGUGGGCACUAUUCAUCUAUGGCACCUCCAUCCUCAUUGUGGAGAAGAUGUAUCUGUAUCUCAAAGACAAGUGUAACAUUUUGGUGCGCUGCUUCAUUUACACGCUCUGGACAUACCUCUGGGAGUUCACCACUGGCCUCAUCCUGCGCCAGUUCAAUGCCUGCCCAUGGGACUAUUCCCAGUUUGAUUUUGACUUCAUGGGCCUGAUCACCCUGGAGUAUGCCAUCCCCUGGUUCUGUGCUUCUUUCAUCAUGGAGCAGCUGGUGAUCAGGAACACCCUGCGCUUACGGUUUGACGAGACUGCCGAGCCGGGGGCCCCCACCGUCCCCGUGGCCUUGGCCAACGGCCACGUGAAGACUGAUUGAGCAGUGACUCAGAGCCACACUUAGCAAUCUGACAGAGCCCAGACCUUGGCCACAGACUGCCCGCUCUGGCCCUAAGGUACUGCUCCUUGCUGUAUGAUAAGGUUCAUAAACCCCACUUUUCUAAUGGGGGCGUGCAUGGGAAAUACCAGAAACAAAGUGGAACCAAUAGAUUUUCUAUGGAUUUUACUCUUUGGGCUCCAAGGACCAGUACCAGUUCCUUGUUAGUUAGGUCAUUUCUGAUUUUAACUUAUUACAGAUGAAAGCAGUCCUUUUGCUUACACUUUUAUGUGGAAAAAGAAGAAAAAGAAACGCUAGGGUGAAAAUGCACCCAAACAGGAAAACCCUAAUGAGCGAAUGGGCACGGACACGCCAGCUGAGCUAGGGAUUGGCUUGCUCCAUUAGGCAAUAUCCAGGUGCUUGCUUGCAACCAAUACCUCCCGUGGGACCUGAGAUGCUGCAGGAAAACAAGGAAUAUCCAUCUGCUGGUGGGAAGAACCUGAGACUGGCAGCCUGCUGGGGAGGUAGAUGGUGUGGCCCUCGCGAGGUCCCGGGGGCCUCUUCCCAGGUUCUCUGUAGCACCACGAAACAGUCUGGUGCUGGACAUCUUGCUGAAUUUAUACAGUUCUUGUACUUCUUGAAAUCUCAGUCCAGACACUCACGAGGAAGAUUUUUCUUUUUCCUUCUUCUCUCUCUCUUUUUUUUUUUCUUUUUUUUUUUUAAAUAAAAGCCUUUAUCUGCCAGGUGAAUUUUACCAUGAUCUGUGCAAUCUGAAUCUUGGCAAAAGGCACAACAGCCUGAGUCUUCCCAUCUCCUCUGUUCCCCCAAAGCAGAUCUCGCCUGAGGGUCUGCUGCAGAUUCCAGCUCCCAGCUUGGCCGUGCAAGCCUUGAGCAGACUGUGCAGGCCACAAGCAUUCUCUGCCUUCCUUCCCAGGGAUUCCUCUGUUUCUGGUGAUGUUGAUGACUGUCUGACUGCAACUCAUUGUAUUUGAAGGUCAGAACCUUCAUGUGGCUAACAUGGCAUCCAGGAUUUGGUCCUCUGGCACUGACCAGAGGUAAGAACCUUCCUUCAGCACUGGCAGGUCUUGGCUCAGUUCUGACCGGUGCUCUUCUCAGUGUAUCAAGAGAAUUUGCUUUGAGUAACCACAGCCAUAUUGCCGUGACAAUAAUUGGUGGCAGCAAGAGAGGUGCCAUGCUGCCUGAUACGUUGUUAAAAAAAACAAAGCAAAGCAAAAAUCUCCCCUCUGAAGAGCACUUCUUCAACUGUGCCUGAGUGAGGCUUUGAGUGAGGGUGCAGGGGCAGCAGCGGCAGCAAGGUGCCGUGGCAGGGAGCACUGUGGCUGUGCUGUAAAACUGCUGGCACUGGGGAUGGUUUGAAAUUGAACCUAUAGGGUACAGGGAAGGAAAGCUGCAGUGUAGGGAAAGUGCUUGAUAGUGUUAGCCACAGGUUUAUAAUCCACUCUGGCAAGUCCUGGCUUUUGAAGUUAGCAACCAGCAUGGAGCCUCCGUCUAUCUGAUGUGUCUCACUCCUAACUGGUGAAUGGGGAAGGUUUGCUGUAGUUGCCUAGUAGGCCCAGAUACAUUUUUGUUGUUCCUCCACCACAGCCAACAGAGCUGCACCAGGGAUCAAUUUGGCUUGAAAUGCAGAAGUGUUGUAGAAUUCCAGCCUUGGAAUGGCUGGGCUAUUUCUGUGAGGGUUCCCUGUUUCUUUUGGGGAGUGCUCAGCUGUGAACCUGCUCCUUGCCCUGAGGCAUCCAUUCCUGAGGGGAAAAGCACUCCUUGCCCUGUGGAGGGGAUUUUUUUUGUUGAUUCUGCUCUUAGGAGGGCAGAGUUAAUCCUUUUUUGGUAUCACACACAGUGCAGUUAUUUUCUUCCUCCCCCUUCUCACAUGGCAUCCCCCCUUCUCAUUGCUGGCCAUAGACAGAGGGCAACCCAGGUGACAAGGAGUUAAUCAGAUCCGUCCUGGGGCAUGCCACGUCUCCUGAAGCACCCGUGGUACUUGGUGGGUAUUUAGAGUUCCCUUUUUAUAGCUCAUUAAAUUAAAAGAGGACAAACACUGAUCAGGUGUUUUUUUCCAUGCUAUGAUGCCAGUUUUCUGAAAUGAGAGGAACAGUUUGUGGUGUAUCAGCCUUGAUGGUCUUGGGUGUGUAGACCUAGGCAGAACAGGCCUGACACUGUACAUGAAGGGAGAAAAACAGAAGUGAGAUUUGUACAUGGGGUAAUGGAGAUGAUGUGUACACGAGGGUAAUGCAGAUGAUUUGUACAUGGGGUAAUGGAGAUGAGCUGUACUGGAGCAGAACAAGAAUUGCAAGGUGUGAGUGAGGGCAGUUUUGGCCCUGGGUCUGGGUCACUAAACACAGUGUCAAAAGCUGGGUUGUUGUCCUCUCACAGCAUAGCUUAAGUAUGGUGGUGUGUGGCCUCCUACACCACCUCUGCAUCAUCUGAAAGCCUCAGCUUCAUGGAAACAACCUUAGGAUCAGUGCUUUCUCCUUUGCUGUUAAAAACUCUUUAAAAGGAGUUAGCAGUGUGGUUUGGUGACCCCAUCUGCCCCUGAGAAUGGGGGAAGAGGAGGAGGAGUGGCUGACUACAGAAGUAGCCUUGUGCACAACAGCAGUUGUGGGGCUUGACUUUAGAAGAUCCCCACUAAAUGAUGCUGGUUUUGUUUGGUGAUGUAAUACUUGGAUUUCCCAGCAGCAUCUAGAAUCUUAUUCCAUUAUCCCUGUUGCUUGUGCCAUUGUAACAGCUAUUGUAAUCUGCUUUCCAGCGGUGUCUGACAUGUAACCACCCAGCUAUUGCAUCCUCUUAGCAUAGCAGCUUCCAUCCAGAAGUGCACUUUACUUGCAGCUUGCACACCAGAAACAGAAAAGGACCCAACAAAUUCUUAAAUCAAUGACAAUAAAGAUACACAAUGGCAUGUACCUAAUGCAGCAGCAUUAGCCAGACUUCCCCUUUCUGGGGCUGCACUCAGAGCUUUGUCUUUUCUGCAAAAUCUCCCUUUUUACUGCACGUGACGCUCCUCCUGACAUCUCACAGCAGUGCCCCGAGCAUGUUACAGGGCUCUCAGUGGCAGCUCAGGGGGAGCUCAGGAGCUGGACUGAAAUUGAAGAGACAUUUACAUUAAGAAGAAAAAAAAAAAAACGCACAAAGCCUAACAUUUGUUUGUACUUGUAUCUUCCUCAGUAGAUUAAAGUUGCCUGUUUUGAGUUCACCAGCAAUAAAAAAACCCCUUGUGAUUUAUCUGCCCUGUCCUAACUGCAGCAAGGAGAGAGCGGCCCCUCGCUGCUUUGCUUUUCUGGUGGGCAGUGGGAUAGGGGCUCCAGUUACCCCAAGGUUCCAGUUUUGUCUCCCUUCUGUUGCUUAUCUUGCCCUAAAAGAUCUCAGAGUACAUGAUGAAAGCCAAUGUCUGGUGUCCUAUGUGCAAGGGGCAGUUCAAGCAUUACUCUGACGUCUGUUGACACUCCAAAGAUCUUGCCAGAGGGAAGUGGCUGAUUUACAGCAGGCCCAGGCUGUGUUUUGGUCUUUGGUUGUUAUAAUUGAGAGCAAUGUGUACAUAUGUACCAGGUACCGUGCGCAUUUGGUCUGAGUGCAUUUUGUAAUUAAAGCAGAGUAAUCCAAUCAAGGUUUUGCUUGACUGAUCCUGUGACUACAAAAA